AUGUCUCUGCCGGGUCUUGGACUGUCGGAGCCGGAGGAGGUUUCUACUGUCGAAACUCAACAACAUGACCUAGCAAAAGAAUGUGAAUGGCGGUUCGAAGUCGCCGUGGGCAAAUACAUCCACGUCAAGAUUCUGAGUGGAAAUGCCGAGAUCUUCGGCACCGAACUGGUUGUCGGGAACACCUACAUCUUCACAGGCACGAAAGCUGCCAUCUACACCUGGAAUGGCUGCGCCUUUGAAGUUAGCGGAGACGCUUUACAGAGCGAAUACAAAGCCGAAGAGACGCCAAUGAACGAAUAUGUCAAUGUCCAUUUUGCAUUGGAAAACAUACGCGAGCAAGCCAAGGCCCUUGGGCGAGAAGGGCCCCGAGUUUUGAUCCUGGGACCGGACGAUGCAGGAAAGACUACCCUCGCAAAGAUCCUCACAGGCUAUGCAUACCGAGCAGCCCGGUCACCUGCCGUGGUGAAUCUGGACGUCAACGAAGGAAUGAUGAGCAUACCGGGGACACUAACGGCUACUGUGUUCAAAAGCAUGAUGGACGUCGAGGAGGGCUGGGGCACCGCGCCGAUGAGCGGGCCCAACGGUGCCAUUCCCGUCAAACUACCCCUUGUGUACUUUUUCGGUAGCUCCAAGCCAGAGGAAAAGGAUGGCAAGGUCUAUAGGGCGCAGUUAAAUAGGUUGGCACUUGCAGUCGCUGGGCGGAUCGGCCAGGACCAAGAAGCCAGGGAAGGUGGUCUCAUCAUCGAUACCCCAGGCGAGCUGACCAACACGAAAGUUGGCGCGAUUGGAUACGACAUCAUCCAGGACAUUGUUUCCGAAUUUGCCGUCUCGGCAAUCAUUUGUCUCGGCUCGGAGAGGCUGUAUAGUGACAUGGUCAAACGGUUUGACGGACAACUCACCUCGUCUCGCUCUACAGGUGGAUCGACGGGGACAAUUUCCGUCAUCAAGCUUGCAAAGUCAGGCGGCUGCGUCGACCGCGACGAAGCAUACAUGCGAGCCUUCCGGGCGGCACAAGUCAAGACGUACUUCUAUGGCAACCCACGUCUCAGCAAUGGCGUUUCGCUGCAGCCUCGGCAGCAGCAGGUCGACUUCUCCACGUUGACGGUCUGGCGGCGGAUCUCUAGCACGCCCGACCCGACGGCGACGACGUUUCCUGGCGACGAGGACGAAGAUACAUUUCUGCCUGGAGGCGGCAUGGACAAUGAGAUCGCCGCCCCUGGGGCGGGAGGUGGUCUGUCCAAGGUACCGUUGCCCUCUUCGCAGAUCUACGAACGGAUGGCGGCUCCCUAUGCCGCGAUGCGCAGUUCCAUUCUGGCUGUCAUGAACUGUGAGCCAGAAGCCGAACAAGAGACGAUUCGCGACAGCAGCGUGAUGGGCUUCUUGUACGUCACGGACACCGACGAGGCCAGGGGACGGAUCAGCGUGGUGAGCCCCGUGGCCGGUCGGGUUCCGCACCGGGCUAUAGUCUGGGCAGGCUGGCCAGAGCCUAUCUUGGGCUUGGACAAGCUGUGA